GAACGGUUUUUUCAGGCUCCCCUGACUAAAAAGACUCUUGAAGAUCGUAUCAUCCUUGUGCUCAGUUUGUAUGAUAAGAUCGAUCCAAAGAAGUUGACCAUGGACUCUGAUUUUGUUAAGGACCUUGGUCUUGACUCUCUUGAUCACGUUGAAAUGGUCAUGGCUAUGGAAGAAGAAUUUGGGUGA